AUGGAAACGGUUAAAGGACCGGCGAUCCAGCUCUUUAAUUUCGCUGAAGCUAUCAGUAUUAGCCGGAGGUCGCCGGAGAAACUGUUCAAGAUCCUGGAUUUACACGACGCCUGUAUGGAUUUAUUGCCUGACAUCGAUGCCGUUUUUUUCUCCAAAUCAGCCGAAUCAAUUAGGGUUCAGGCAACGGAGAUACUCUCCCGGCUAGCGGAGGCUGCUAGAGGGAUGCUAUCGGAGUUCGAAAACGCAGUCCUUCGCGAACCUUCUCGAGUUCCAGUCCCCGGAGGGACGAUUCAUCCAUUAACUAGAUACUCCGACGAUUUAACCACUCCAGACAUGGAUUUCACCGACCACGAAGGUCAAUCACCAUUAGCACUCCAUCUAAUCUGGAUAAUCGUAAUUCUGCAAUUCAACCUAGAAGGAAAAUCCAAACACUACAAAGACAACUCCUUAGCUUUUCUCUUCGUCAUGAACAAUGUCCAUUACAUCGUUCAGAAGAUCAAAGGUUCACCGGAGCUAAGAGAGAUGAUCGGAGACAGUUAUUUAAAAAAACUCACAGGUAAAUUCCGGCAGGCUGCAACUCGAUACCAAAGAGCAACAUGGGUCGGGGUACUGUAUUGCUUAAGAGACGAAGGUCUACACGUGAGUGGAAGCUUCUCAUCUGGCGUUUCAAAGAGUGCAUUACGAGAGAGAUUUAAAUCGUUCAACACCAUGUUUGAAGAAGUACACAGAAUGCAGGCGUUAUGGUUAAUCCCUGACACACAGCUUCGUGAGGAGUUACAGAUUUCAAUCUCAGAGAAAUUGAUUCCAGCUUACAGAUCGUUUCUUGGAAGAUUCAGGACUCAUAUUGAGAAUGGGAGGCACCCUGAACAGUAUAUAAAGUACUCUGUUGAAGAUCUUGAGACUGCUGUGUUGGAUUUCUUCGAAGGGAAAGAAGAAGAAGAAGAUGAUGAAGCCUCCCGAGGAGUCGAGAACUACUCCUCUAUGGAGGCUGAAGAAGUUUUGGAAGAAAACCAGUCAACAAGCAAAUAUUAUUUUUCAUUCGAAACUUGGCUUUAUUUUAAUUUGCAAUUUAAUUAGUUUUUUUCCUUGUGUGAAUCUAAAUAUUUUGUAGGUGUUAAUUUUGAUCCAUUUGUUUAUAAUGAGUCGUUUUUUAAUCCCAAACGAUUCAAAUUGAUAAAAACUUGGAAUAGGUCGAC